AUCACAUAUUAUGUGUGCAUUGAAACUCUGUCACGGCCUUGUUCUUUUCUUGGUUCACUAAAAUUCCAAAUAAGAGGUGGAGGCAGAGAGAGAGAGAGAGAAGAGAGAGAGAGAUGGAGGGGAUGGAUCAUGGUCAUCAUGACAUGGGGGACAUGGCAUCGCCACCAUCCAUGAACGGUACAGAAGGGAUGCCCCAUCAUCAUAAGAUGAUGAUGAUGCACAUGACAUUCUUUUGGGGCAAAAACGCUGAGAUAUUGUUCAACAAAUGGCCUGGAACCAGCACUGGCAUGUAUGUAUUGGCCUUGGUUUUCAUCUUCGUGCUUGCCCUUCUGGUUGAGUGGCUUUCCCAUUGCAAAUUAAUCAAAGACGGUUCGAACCACGUUGCGGCCGGUCUGGUUCAGACAUUUUUGCAUGCCAUCAGAGUUGGUUUGGCUUAUAUGGUCAUGUUGGCCGUUAUGUCUUUCAACGUCGGAGUGUUUUUGGUGGCUAUAGCAGGUCAUACUGUCGGGUUCUUCUUUUUCGGGAGCAGGGUUUUCAAGAAAUCGGAAUUUGAAAAGGCAGGGUCGGAUCUUCCUCCGAUGAGCUGUUAAUUGGAAGAUUGGUAAUUUUUGGCAUAAACUUAUAUGUCACGGCUUCUUCGAAAGACUCGAAGACUAAAAACAAAUGGUACUGUUUAGGCAUGUUGUGUGUAUUUAAUUAGCAGUUUCUUUCUCAAAUAUAAUACAAUUAAUUUUGUGCUACCUUCUCAAAAUUAAAUUGGGGUUUUAGGGUUUUUGUUUUAA